CAGGAGAAAAUGAAUUCCACGGAGACCUACUUCUCAACUGAAGAUUACUCGGACUCCAACUUCUAUUCUGUACCUACAGACGACUUGCCGUGCUCCUUGGAAGAGGUCAGGGAGUUCACCAGGGUAUUUGUGCCAGUUGCCUACUCCUUAAUAUGUGUCUUUGGCCUCCUGGGCAAUGUUAUGGUGGUGAUGACCUUUGCCUUCUACAAGAAGGCAAGGUCUAUGACUGAUGUUUACCUAUUGAACAUGGCCAUUACAGACAUACUUUUUGUCCUCACUCUGCCGUUCUGGGCAGUGACUCAUGCCACCGGGACAUGGGUUUUCAGCAACUCACUGUGUAAACUGAUGAAAGGCAUCUAUGCAGUCAACUUUAACUGUGGAAUGCUGCUCUUGGCCUGUAUCAGCAUGGACAGGUACAUUGCCAUCGUCCAGGCAACCAAAUCUUUCCGGGUACGAUCCAGAACACUGGGACACAGUAAGAUCAUCUGUUUGGUGGUGUGGGUCAUAUCGGUCUUCAUCUCAAGUCCCACAUUCAUCUUCAAUAAGAAAUACAGUUUCCAGGACAGAGAGGUCUGUGAGCCCCGGUACAAGUCUGUCUCGGAGCCCAUCACCUGGAAACUGCUGGGGCUAGGGCUAGAGCUGCUUUUUGGCUUCUUCAUCCCUCUGUUGUUCAUGGUGUUCUGCUACCUGUUCAUCGUCAAGACAUUGGUGCAGGCCCAGAAUUCUAAAAGGCACAGAGCCAUCCGUGUUGUGAUCGCUGUGGUUCUUGUGUUCCUGGCUUGUCAGAUCCCUCACAACGUGGUCCUUCUCAUAACUGCGGUGAACACAGGCAACAUGAACCGCACCUGCCGCGGUGAGAUACGCCUCGCCUACGCCAGGAAUGUUGCUGAGGUCCUGGCUUUCCUGCACUGCUGCCUCAACCCCGUGUUGUACGCAUUUAUUGGACAGAAAUUUAGAAACUACUUCAUGAAGAUCAUGAAGGAUGUGUGGUGUUCGAGAAGAAAGAACAAGGUGCCAGGCUUCCUCUGUGCUCGGAUGUACUUGGAAAGCUACACUUCCCGGCAGACCAGUGAGAUCAUGGACAAUGACAACGCAUCAUCCUUCACCAUGUAA